AUGGAUACUUCAGAUUGGAAACAGGCAGUUGAGCAGUACGAGCUGUUGGAAUUGAUUGCUGAAUUUUUGAAUGAGACGGAAAAUUUACCGGAUGCUAUACCUAAUAGCAUUACUCAACUGCUUCAUGCGAGUAGUAAUAAUGGCUUGAUAAUGAUUAGUGUUCCUCGUAAUCUGGAAGCUUUGAGAAAAUUUGAUAUAACCCGAGAGAGGGUGGAUAAGCUAACGAAUCUCAUGGACCGAAUGAGACAGCAGGUGCUGCAUCAUUUGCAGGUUGCUUUAGAUGCCAGAGAUCAACAGACAUUGGUUGGGUGCCUAAUGAUAAUGGAUAAUAUGGGAGUGUUGGAUUAUGAGAUUAUUCGAUCAUUGAUAAUUGAUGAUUGCUUACAACUUAUAAAUGAAUGUCAGACCUUGGAGCAAUGCGUGGCUAUGAUCAAGCCAUUUAGUACAGCUAUUUUGAAAGCCAGUGCCGUGAAGGUUGCGGCACAGAGUUUGGCGACAAUUCAAUGUCAUGAAGAGCUUCAGGCAUUGAGAAAAAUCAGGCAAAAUAUGUGGAAGGAAUUAGCAAUUAAACUUAGCGUUUCUGUCAAAAACGUUCUAGAGAAAAGCCAGUCUCCAACAAUCACUUCUAUGGCUGAAUUCCAGAUUGGUUUGAAAAGACUAUCCAUGGCUAAAGAAUUACAAAACAAUCUUAACCUCAUGGGCGAGCCCAACUCGCCAAGGAUACAAUUACGGCUUGCAGGCACUAACACCCAGUUGAAUAAUUAUAUCACUCAAGUGUUUAUACGACAUUAUCGCGUGCUUAUACCGACAGCCGUCAAUUGGCAGAGUACCAAGUUAACCGUACUGGAAGACUCCAUCCAUGAUGCUCGAUUUGAGUUAGGAUGUAUCCCAAAGUCAGAAGGACUGAAGGCUAUUGAACUAUUGAAUGAAUUUGUCAAGGUGGUGGAAGAGAACCAUGGUGCUAGCCCCCUAAUUGAAGAGACAAUUGUUACGUGGCUUCAUCUAAUUGACAAAAUAAACACAGAUUGUAUUUCUUCUGGGUAUUCUCGAAGUUAUUUGAUGAAUAACAUAGUCAAGCCAUCCAGAUUACUAUCCAACCGGGUGGCAAGAUUAGACUAG